AUGCUGAAGACCUUAGCACGUGCACAAACUGCUCCUACCCCUAUCUCUGAUGCGUUAACUUCCACAAUUAAAGGCUGUGACACAUCAGGUUGCAUAAGUCUUCCAACUUGCCUAGUGUGUGUAUGUCUUGGUACAUCUGUUUAUUGUGAUGAUGUGGAUCUGACAACUCUCCCUUCAUUACCAAAGAAGACUACCUACUUGUAUGCCCGAUUUAACAAGAUUAGUGAUAUUCAAUCCAAAAACUUUGCAGGACUUGACAAACUGAAGUAUGUGGAUCUCUCAAGUAAUUUUCUCUCCGAGAUUGAUGAUGAUGCUUUUCACCUGCUGCCGUCCCUCCAGGAACUCAUUCUAUCUGAGAACCAACUGAGGCAUUUGCCUGAGUUGCCCUCUAGUCUUGUUAGACUGAAUGUCCAAUACAAUCAGCUUCAAAGUUCUGGAAUUCGGACCGAGUCUUUUAAGGACCUUACACGUCUGCAGUUUCUAUACCUUUCAAACAACAAAUUGGAUUUUGUACCUGUACCUCUUCCUGAGAGUCUUCUUUCAAUUCAUCUUCAGAAUAACAACAUCCAGACAAUGUAUAAAGAUACGUUCUGCGAUAGCCGGGACCCCACUUUCAUCAGGAGUGCUUUGGAAGAUAUCCGACUGGAUGCUAACCCAAUAAACCUUAGCAAAUUUGCAAAUGAUUAUUUCUGUCUACCUAGGCUUCCUACUGGGCAAUACUACUGA